UUCAACCAACUACAGGCUUUUAAUCCGAAACCAAAAUUGUUGCAGGAACCAGUUAUUACUGAAGACAUCGAAUCAGGGUUGGAUUACAGAAAGAACCUUCUGGAACUUUUACCUGAAUCUAUGCAGGACCUUCCAAGUAUUUCCACUACAGAGGAAAAUACAGAGACAAAGUUUAGAAAUGCGGACACCUCCAGUGCAGCAAAACCAGUAAAAGUUGCUCAUAUGUAUCCCGAUGCAGUUUCGGAAUCAAAAGAUGUCUUAGAGUUUCUUCGGACAAGUUCAGAUAAAAAAGAUGGAAUCCUUGAUCUUCUUAAAAAGUUUUCCAAGCUCUUUGCUGAAAAGAGUUCGGUUCAAUGGACAGAAGGAAUCAGGGAAGUUUUGGUUAGAAUAUUUGUAAUCCUUGAAGCUUGUGUUAGCUAUCCAGAUCUCGAAGAUAUGGAUUAUUUAAGCAAGGAAGAUGUCCAAAACAUGUUCUUCUCUAUUCUUAACCAUGUGGAAUGUGAGGUAGAUUGUCUACAAAGUAAAAACAAAAUUGAGGGAUGUGGACUUACAGUCCUUGGAAAACACAUCGCUUUUCUUUUCCAAGCUGUUUCAUAUCGUCAGUAUUUUGAUACCUCGCCCAAAUUUACUUCGGCAACACUACAAAAAAAUGAAUCUGAAAACACUGGAAAUUUUAAUCCUGAAUCAGAAAGUUCGACUGAAAAUGUUGAAAAAUUGAAAAAGCCAUCUUCUGCUCUUCCUGAUGCAUCUGUUGGGGACAAAAUUCUGGAUGUUAGGGAAUCACGAGAAUGGAAAUAUUUUCUCAUCAGAGUCUUGUGGGUUCGCUCCAAAUACUCUCUACUUCUUGGAAGAAAUCAGUCUUCACUUUAUGAUCUGGAAACAUGUCAAGAAACCUUGGCCAUAAUAAAGAAAAAUGCCGUCAAAAAUAACCCAGACUUCAUGGCCACAAUAAAAGUUCAUCUUCCUAACAUGAAGAAUGGAGGUUUGCUCACUGAGGAUGCUGCAAUAAAACAAAUUGAAAUUCUUAAACGAUCACAAGUUCUGGAGGAUGUUAAAGAAUUUUUUGAUCGUGAGCGAUAUGAUGAGGUGGUAAAGCUACUCAAGCCAACUCUUCGGAGGACUCCCGCAUCCCUGAUCCCUGCAUCCACUCACCCGCAUCGAGCGAGGCAGAUUCGACAGCUCCUCGUUUCGUUUGAGAAGCUCUCCGAUCAUCUUGGUCUCUUCACGGAUGCUCCCAGUCUUCUUAAUGAAGUGUUGACCAAUGCAAAAAGUGCAUCUCACAACAAGAGAACUGGAGACUCCACAGUUAAAAGCAGCAACAUCAACCUAAGCAAGGAGUGGAAUUCUACCAUUACACUUGCAUUUCAAACGUUUAACAGAAUUCUUGGAAAAGAUGAAAACCUGCUUAAAAAUCUGGACAGUGCAGUUAUUACUCACUUCACACAUAAUGUUUGUUCUGUCAUACACUUUGUGCUUACUGAAAUGGAAAACAAUCGAUCUUUUCCGGAAAAAAUCGGUGCCACCCAUGUGACUGUGCAUAUGUGGACUACACUGUACAGAUUGGUAAAAACAUCGGACUAUGACUGUGGCAUUGAAUCAACCAAUCACAGGCUUCCACAAUCACUUAUCCUGCUCGAUACUGCCCACCAGUGGAUGGGUGAACGAGGAAUGUGCUGUAGUUCAAAUGCAGCGUUGUUAAGAUUCCACAUUAAAGAGAUUGAAGAGAGGUUUCCAAGAAUGAAAGAAUUAACGAAUAGUCGUCAGUUGGAACAACUCAAUUCAUCUCUGGAUCAAAUAUUUUUCUGUAUAUACGGAUAUCCUGCUAAACCCAAGACAAGGAAAAUACAAGAACAUUCUGCUAAACAGUCGACUCUCAAAUGGUCCGACUUUCUCACCCUCUUCUGUUACUUUCGACCUCGCCACUUGCCAGAAUUCGACAGUUUUAAAGCAAGCACCGUUUCCACUGAUCUAUCUCAACUUAUUCUACGUGGAUUGCAUUUGGUUCCUGAUGCAUUGCUGGAUCAAAUUCCCAACACUGAGGCUGAGGUUAUCUCGUUCAUAGAGGCAGACUGUGAUGUCACAAUUAGAUCACUGAAGUCUCCAGAUGCGUCUAACAAAGAGCUCGAUGUCCUCGCUGACAUGUACUACCUCCUUGGAGAUUUUAACUUGAAAAAUCAUGAAAUAAAUAAAGCUGUCAAGUAUUACUUACUAGACAUAAGGAUUCACCCAGAAAGGUUUGACUCGUGGGCGGGCAUGGCCCUUGCAAGGACAAGCCAGAUAGAUGACAGGCUUCGUCUUUGCGAGUCAAAAAAAUCUCACCACAAGUUUUCAGACAGUGGUACAGAGAGACGUGCCAUGGCUGCUUUAGCUUGCUAUAAACGAGCUCUAAGUAUAGAAGCUGACAGUGUUAAGCUGUGGAUUGAAUAUGGAUCGUUGGCUUACUGGAUUCAAUCUAUGUACUCAAGAAAACUAAUGAGAAAAUCAAAGUCAAUAAGAGGAGAUGAAUUAAACAUUGAAGCAAAACAGAAGCAAAUGAUCACAAUUGCAAAGAAAAGUUUUCGAAGCGCACAAGCUUGUGAUAAUGAUGAUAUAUAUGAAGAAGAAUGGUUCACCAACUAUAUGCUGGGCAAACUUAUGGAGAAGGAAGGCAAUCCACCAACUGUGUUCCUUAAACUAUAUCAGUCUGCUGUUGUAUUGCUGCAUAAGAGUGGAGCGAAAUACCCGAAGAAAAUUUUAGCGAAGUAUGGCAGUGUGUCAGGUUACGCCAUUGAAGCACUAGAGAUGCAUUUCCGAAUCCAUUCUUCCAUAUUAAAGUAUAUACUCAAGCAUGGAGAAAACAUUUCAUAUUCAGAAAUCCAAUAUAUGGAAGGUUUGGUAGAAGAGAUGGCAAACAGCCCAUUUGUUCUUAGAGAAGAAUCUAAGUCUAUGACAUCAUACACCACUGAUGCGGAAAAGAUUGUUCCACAUUCGAAACUGGUCGUCGUUUCAGAGUCUUCUGACCUUACGAUGGGUUCCUUGCUACCCGACUCUGUUCUUCAGGCUCUUAACAUUGAAACAGAAGAGAACCAGGAAGACAGUCUACCAUCAGUAGCCAGCUCCACGGCGCCACCUGACGAUUGCACAACCGUCACAACAACGCUAAGUGGAGUGCAGUGUUCCGUUACAACUACAGUUUCCCCGCCGGUCGAAACAAUCCACAAUCCUCUACGUCACAAAGCGGACUGUGACGCAAUAGUAGAUGCAUGUGAAAGGGCGUUGAAAUUGUGUGCCGGUCGUUUUCCUCUUCACAAUAAAUCCAUAUACAGACUGGCUCACCUUUAUGCACACUACCCUAGAAAGCUGCGCCUUCAGUGGUCAGUCGACCUGAUUCUGGGCAGCUCGUCACCAUGGCAACAGCAGGAACACAUGCCGGGCCCUGGGUUGUUGUCCGACCGCAACAAGACCAACGUUUUUAACGGUGUAUGGAGGAUUCCAAUUGAUGAUAUUGACAGGCCCGGGAGCUUUUCAUUUCAUCUUUAUCGCUGCGUGUCGCUGUUGAUUGAGGUCACGAGACAAUUACGUCACACGGAAACUUUGUUAUAUUUGCAUAACAUGCUUAACAGGAAUCCUGACCACGGAAAACGAUAUUUGCGCGACGAGGACAGGAUACAGCUUGCUAGGCGAGCAAUUGUUUACUGCCGAGCUCUGCUCAACCGAAAACUGCGCGCUAUACCACUACCGCAGUUACUACCCUCUCCUAAAGAUCACACGUACCAUAUUCCUUUCCACGGACCCCAGAUUGUGACGUCAUCGUUAAACCAAUCUUUUGUGACGUCAUCAGAUCAAAGUGACCCUAUACAUCUCCACAUAGCUGAACAAGUUUUCGCUCGCCCCCUACCCCCGGACCUACUGACCUCGAAGACUUUUUCUUCCAAGUACCUGAUACCGCAGCUACAUAGCGACACGUAUACUGCUAGUAUGACCUCUGGUAAACCCACCAGCGCCGACGAAUGCCUUAGUGCCGUUAUAGAAGCUUACAAGGUGUACCAAGAGACACAGAAACACCCGGAUUCUACGACCAAAGUCGACGUCCAGACCGACCCGGACGACAUUACUCAUCAGCGACUUCUAGCGGACGCCUACCACAAAUACACAUGCUUAGUCGGAAAGCGCUCCCAUUCCUCCUCCUCUCCCACUGCUCCUCUCACUCCCUCCAAAGUAGGAGAAGUUUUGGAGCAAGCCAUCCGAUUUUGCCAACAGCACAUCGCUCAUAAGAAACAGUUGCAGGCAGCUACACAGUCUUCAAAAUCUUCCGUAUCUUCCACGACGUCCGGAGGUUGCAAGAGCAGAGUCCCGGAGCACUCCAAGGGUCACGGAGAAGUAACGAAAGCCGACAGCUCAGAGGCUGCAGCAAAUCACGUCAAGGAACUGUCGCUUGCAUCGCCAAGAAAAGAACCAAAGUCAGACAAGAACCAGCAGUGUCCAGUUACUUCAACAAGUCUACAAACCAACGGUCAGGAAGGGGUGACCAUCGUCCAAAAAGAUGGCAUAAAAUACACACGAAUCGUCCCACCUACUCGACCCUUACCACAAUCAAGCUUAACCCAUUCCGCACAAAGCGCCUUCACUUCCACGCAGAAGGAAGGGGAAAAAGACAGUAAACGGCCGAAAAUGGACCCCAAACUUGGCCACUUGGCCGACAUGAAAGGCGAAGGUUUACGCAACAAACUAGUUCGUUCGACUUCCGUGCCCGUCACCAAUGCGGGGAUGCUGCAUGUCUUCCCGGAGGAUAGUUCCGACUCUGAGAAUAAACCUCCGAUGCAUCAUCGACAUCGUCUUAUCGCUCGAACCAGCUCCUCCGUCUCUGAUUACACAAAAAAUAAACUUAAACUGUCCAUCCUAGCCAAGACGUCGGCUGCUUUGGUUCGGAAACCGAGUAUAACAGAUCAAGAAAUGAUGCAGAUCCAUGACGACCCGGAUGCCGAAGAGUCUUCCUCGGGUAGUGAGGACGAAGAUGAUGCUGGCGCCUCUACCUCAUGGCGAGGGAAGAGGAAAUACUCCGAUGAAGCCCCUCCUGCUCUUUCCACCGUCAACCAAGCUGUCCAAUGCAUCACAAGUCAAUUAUCUCCAAUCCACACCGCCGUCAUCACAACUGCUGGUUCAACGUAGCGUCUCUGUUUCCCGCCGGUGAUUACCCGGUCGUUAAUAAUUGCCAUGUCAACAAUUUUCGUCUCCUGAACCAUUUUCUUAUAGUCGGUCGCUGUCACCCCGCGUGACUGGCGACACCGAGACGAUGUUUCCCGCCCGUCCAAUUUCUUGUCUGUUUUUUUGUCGUUUUUCAAAAUCAAAACACAUUCCUUUGACGGAUUCUGAACAGAAGACUUUUAUCUGCAGAACAUACGGCAAACAGCCACCGUCAUCCCCAGCGCAGCAUUCCGUAUUUUUUUCGUUUUCUUUCCGCUUUGUUGCUGCUUCGUAAAAAUGAGAUUUCUAUUGUGAUUAAUUUGCUCAUAAAGCAUUCCUCUUAUUUCCUCCGACCACCGGAAUGUGAAUAAACCGAAUAAAUGAGCUGAACGGUAAA